AUGUCGAAAUUUACCUAUAAAAAUCGUUUAACAUAUAUUCCACCCUUGGAAAAAUUAGAUAAACUUACAAAUCAAUAUCAACCCAAACGAGUGGUGGAAGAAAAUCGAUACGAACAACUUUAUAAACAAGGUAAAUGUGAACAUUUUCAACCAUUAUCUAUUUAUAGAUAUUACCAUAUUCAUCAUCAAACACCUAUGGACGUACUUGAUAACUUAAUCGACUAUGCCAAUGAAGUAACAAGUUAUACCAUUGAUACUGAAGACCAACUUCAACCACAUCAACCAUCGAAAUCAGCUUUAUUACAAAUUGAAUAUGUUUACGAAAAUAAUCCAUCGAUUUUAUUAAUCAUUGAAAUGAUGCAUUUACCCGAACGAAAUGAACCAACAUUUAUUAAAAUUAAAAAAUUAUUAAAAAUUAUUUUUUCAAAUAAUCACACAAUUUAUUUAUGGGGCGGUAUCAAAAAAGAACUUAAACAUUUUUACAAAUUUGAAUUAUUUGAUGAAAAUGAUAUCAAUUGUGUUAAUGAACGAAAUAUACAAGAUGAAUUUAAAAGUUACUUCAACAAAAAUUAUCCGCUAUCACCUGAGAUUAAACUAAAAGAAAAUGAAACAUAUUCUCUUCAAUUUGCGAUUUACAAAAUAUUUAACCAAUGGUUGACUAAACGUUUUACUCUUGGAAAUUUUGGUUGUGGUUUGGAUCCAUCUUUAAAUACGAUAAUAAUACCACAACAAUUUUUAAACCAACAAAAACAAAUUAUAGAAGAUGAACAAGAAAUCAGAAAACUUAUGAUCACUUAUGCUUUGAACGAUUGCCUUGCUGUAACGAAGCUGAUAUAUGAAUUACCAUCUCCAACACAAUCAAUUACAAAUGAUUUUGAACCAAUAUCUGAUGAUGAAUUUGAAUUCGAUUAUAAAGAAGAACCUGUUAACAAAUGGCCAGUUAAUGAAAUUAGUUAUGAUAUAGAUGUCCAUGAAAAAAAUGAAUUUGUUAAAUUAUAUGAUGAUAUUAAAAUUAAUGAUGCACCAACAUAUGAUAUAUUAACCGGGAGUCAUGAUCGAGAUGAUUCUUUGGAAAUGAUUAGUGAUGAUGAUAUUGAUGAUAUGUCUUUACCUGAAGUAAUGAAACUUCAUUUUAUUUCAAACCAACAUCAAUUAAAUGAAUAUAAACAACCAUUAGAUUAUAGUGAUGAUCAAGAUAAGGGUCAUGCACAAAAUGAUCGUCAAAAUGAUAUUGAAAUUAUAUCCGAUGAUGAUGAACAACAACUUAAUAUAAAUAAUAAAUAUCAACAACAUUUAUCUGGUAAACCAUUAACAAGGAAUCAAAAGAAAAGCCGAAAAAAACGAGCUAAACGAUAUCGAUUUGAAGUAAUCAGAAAAAUCUAUCGUCAAUUUACAAUUAGACAAAUUAAAAAUGUUUUAAUAUAUAUGAAUAUCCAUUAUGUCAAUUUUAAUGUUGUUGGUAAUAUAUUAUUUGUUGGCGUUAGAGAUGAAGCAACCCGAAAAGAAGUAGAAGAAAAAUUAGAUAGUGGUAUGUUUACAGAAAAACACUAUCAACGUAUUCACAAGAAAACAAAUUCAAAAAGAGAAUAA